GCGCUCCACCACGCGACGAGCACCAGCCCAAUCGACUCCAACCUUCAGCCCCCAACAUGUCCUCCAAAGACGCACAUCUAUACGGUGCCCGACCAAAGGGACGCACAAAGGCUAAGGAAAUAUCCAGCUCCAGCAGCCUCGCUUUCUCAUCGACCCUCUCCAACCUCAUCAAGAACUCUUCUACCGAAUCGAACAAGCCCACCGCAGGCCGCGCACGCCCGCAGAAGGAAGAUAUCUUCAAGACCCACAACAAGAACGUCAGAAAGCGCGCGUUGAAAGAUUUGGAAGACACGGAUUUUACACAGAAGCAUCGCGGACGGACAACCGAGGAGAAAGGCGAGGAUGAAGUCGCAUGGAAGCGCACAAAGCGGCGCAUGGAAGAGAAAGCGCGUCUGUACGACGCCCUGAAGCGCGGCGACGUAGAAGACAUUGACGACAGAUACGGCGUCGAUUUCGACCGCAAAUGGGCUGAGCAGCAAGAAAAGGGCGAAGCAGAACACACCACAACGUCGGAAUCAGAAGACGACGAAGAAGAGGAACUCGUAGAAUAUGUGGACGAGUUCGGCCGCACACGAAAGGGCACGCGAGCAGAAGCUGCCCGCGAAGAGCGUCGAAAGCGAACCCUCGCCGCCGACGAACCCGACCGUUUCACCGCACGACCUAGUAUGCCGACCAACAUAAUCUUCGGCGACACCGUACAGACGCAAGCCUUCAACCCCGACGAGACAAUCGCCCAGCAAAUGGCCGACCUAGCCGCCAAGCGCGACAAAGAACUCACGCCGCCACCUGAGGUACACUUUGACGGCAGAGCCGAGGUAAGGCAACGCGGAAUGGGCUUCUUCAACUUCUCCAAUGAUGAAGAGGAACGAAAAGAGCAGAUGAGUCGGAUUGAGAAGGAAAGAGAAGAGACGGAGCGCGUGAGGCGGGAACGCAAAGAGGCUGUCGAAAAGAGGAAGGCCAUGGUCAAAGACAAGAAAAGGGCUAUACAGGAGAAGAGAAGCAAAGGACAGGCAGAGAAGUUUCUCGAGGAACUAGGUCAGGAGUUGUUCAAAGAUGGAGAGGGCGAUGCCGAAGCAGAGCUCAAAAUCACUGCUGAGGAAGAGGCUGCAUGAGCCGAUUUCUUGUCUAAUUUUCUAUACGAUGAUACCCACUACUAAACAAAAGUCUUUGUCCGACUCGACUCUUUCGAUCUAGAAUCGGCUUGUACGUCCUAGUUGCUCUUUAAUUUGUUGUCAUCAUGUAUGGCCUCUUAACAGUAGUAGGGUGAAGCAAAAAAUUUGACUCGCACAC